AUGACGACAUCUCCAACAAUAGAACAAUUACAUUAUCACUCUGACGCAACUUAUUAUUAUAUAGAUGGUAGAAGAUAUUUAGAUAAUUCAUCUUAUUCAUUACCUAAUGAUGAUGAAGAAAUUGAUAGAUUACAAAUGCAACAUUAUAUAGCGAGAUAUAUAUUACAAUCCAAUUUUUGUGCUCCUGUUAAUAAUAUAUUAAAGAGUGGUGCAAAAGUUUUAGACGUUGG